AUGGCGCACGUCCGAGGGCCGUGGCCGCCCGGCUGCCUGGCCUUGCUUGCCCUGGUUAGCCUUGUGCACAGCCAGCAUGUGUUCCUGGCCCCUCAGCGAGCGCUGUCGCUGCUCCAGCGGGCCCGGCGGGCCAACAGCGGCUUCCUGGAGGAGCUCCGCAAGGGCAACCUGGAGCGCGAGUGCCUGGAGGAGCAGUGCAGCUACGAGGAGGCCUUCGAGGCCCUGGAGUCGGCCAUCAAGACGGAUGCAUUCUGGGUCAAGUACACAGCUUGUGAGUCGGUGAAGACAUCGCGAGAAAAGCUGGUUAAGUGUUUGGAAGAUGACUGUGCCGAAGGUCUGGGUACGAACUACCGAGGGAACGUGAGCUUCACCCGGUCAGGCAUCGAGUGCCAGCUGUGGAGAAGUCGCUACCCACAUAAGCCUGAAAUCAACGUCACCACCCACCCUGAGGCAGACCUGCGGGAGAAUUUCUGCCGAAACCCAGAUGGCAGCACCACCGGGCCCUGGUGCUACACUACGGACCCCACCGUGCGGAGGGAGGAGUGCAGCAUCCCUGUCUGCGGCCAACAGAAGGUCACUGUGGAGCUCACUCCACGCUCCAAAAGCCCCACAGUGAAUGUGUCACCUCCAUCAAACUUGUGUGUCCCUGAGCGUGGCCGGCAUUAUGAGGGUCACCUGGCAGUGACCAUGCAGGGGUCCCCCUGCCUGGCCUGGGCCAGUGAGCAGGCCAAGGCCCUGAGCAAGGACCAGGACUUCAGCCCAGAAGUGCCACUGGUGGAAAACUUCUGUCGCAACCCAGACGGGGACCAGGAGGGCGUGUGGUGCUACGUGGGCAGGAAUACUGGUGACUUCGAGUACUGUGACCUCAACUAUUGCGAGGAGCUGGUGGAUGAGGUGACAAGUGACGGCCAGGGCGAGGACCAGGAUGUGGCCAUCGAGGGUCGCAGCACCACAGAGGAGUUCCAGCUCUUCUUCAAUGAGAAGACCUUUGGCGCUGGGGAGGCAGACUGUGGGCUGCGGCCUCUGUUUGAGAAGAAGAGGCUGGAGGACAAAACAGAGAAGGAGCUUCUGGAUUCCUACGUUGAGGGGCGCAUCGUGGAGGGCUGGGACGCGGAGAUCGGUCUCGCACCCUGGCAGGUGAUGAUUUUCCGGAAGAGUCCCCAGGAGCUGCUGUGCGGAGCCAGCCUCAUCAGUGACCGCUGGGUCCUCACUGCUGCUCACUGUCUCCUGUACCCACCUUGGGACAAGAACUUCACCGAGAAUGACAUUCUGGUGCGCAUUGGCAAGCAUUCCCGCACCAGGUAUGAGCGAGGCAUUGAGAAGAUCUCCAUGCUGGAGAAGAUCUACAUUCACCCCAGGUACAACUGGAGGGACACCCUGGACCGCGACAUUGCCCUGCUGAAGCUCAAGAAGCCCAUCACCUUCAGCAACUACAUUCACCCCGUGUGCCUGCCCGACAAGCAGACAGCAGCCAGGUUGCUCCAGUCUGGAUACAAAGGGCGAGUGACUGGCUGGGGCAACUUGAAAGAGACGUGGACAGCCAGUGCCACUGAGGUGCAGCCCAAGGUCCUGCAGGUGGUCAACGUGCCCAUCGUGGAGCGUCCGGUCUGCAAGGCCUCCACCCGCAUCCGCAUCACGGACAACAUGUUCUGUGCUGGUUACAAGCCUGAGGAAGGGAAACGAGGGGAUUCUUGUGAAGGUGACAGUGGGGGACCCUUUGUCAUGAAGAGCCCCUUUAACCACCGCUGGUAUCAAAUGGGCAUCGUCUCGUGGGGUGAAGGCUGUGACAGGGAUGGGAAAUAUGGCUUCUACACACACGUGUUCCGCCUGAAGAAGUGGAUCCAGAAGGUCAUUGAUCGGUCUGGAGAUAGGGGGCCACCCACACUCUAG